AUGCAACUGCGUUGUGGAUGGGAUCACUGUGAUUUUACUACAAUUGAUAUAGAUAAGUUUCUAGAGCACGUUCCCGAACAUACUGAGUUGUUGAAAAGAACAAACUUAGACGACAGUGAAGAAGACAGCGAUGUUCAUGUUUGUCAUUGGGUUAACCCGGAAACAAAAUCUGAAUGCGGUGAGCAUUUUGAUCUGACAGAAGAUCUGACCAACCAUAUUAUUACUUCCCACAUAAAAUCAGGUAAAUCAAGUUAUACCUGUCACUGGAAGGAUUGCUGCAGGGGUGAAAAGCCAUUCUCACAAAGACAGAAAAUCAUAAGACAUUUGAACACUCACACAAAGCACAAGCCGUUUGAAUGUGAAAUAUGUCACAAAAAGUUCUCGCUCGAUCUAAUGUUAAAACAGCAUAUGAGAAUACAUACCGGUGAAAAGCCAUACAAGUGCGAUCUUUGUGGCAAAACUUUCAAGACUUCAUCCAGUCUGACAAUACACCUGAGAAUACAUAGCGGUGCCAAACCUAUGGUAUGCAAGAUUUGUGGUAAAAGAUUUAAUGAAUCUUCUAAUCUAAACAAGCACAUGAAGAUACAUUUCAGAAAAUAUAGAUGUGAACUUUGCUUGAAAAGUUUCGAUUCCGAAACAAAAUUUAAACGACACCAAUUAGUGUGCAGGAAAAAAUCAUCUUCCAACUGA